UACACUACACAAAAGGAAAAAAAGGAAUUUUCACAAUGGCAACAGCCUCAGCAACACUCUCACCAGCCAUGUUCACCACCACAGCCACAGUUGCCAAAUCUGUUAGGAAGCCAGCAAACAAAGUCCACUACAUUUCAGGGCUCAACUCCUUUUCUGGACUCAAAGCUCACAACAGUGUUGCCUCUCUUGGUCUUCCUCAGUGCACUGAUCUGUCUUUUGCUAACAUUGUGAGCUCCUUGAGAGCUCCUUCACAGAACCAAGGCAGAGGUGGAGGGGCACUCUCAUCUACCUGCAAUGCAAUUGGUGAGAUUUUCAAGAUUGCAGCAAUCAUGAAUGGACUCACUCUUGUUGGAGUUGCAGUGGGAUUCGUUCUUCUUCGAAUCGAAGCCUUCGUGGAGGAGUCAGCUGAGUGAGAAUUCUCAGAUACCCUUUAGUUGGUUUUGAUCUGUUGUUUAUCAAGAGAAUCUGUGUAUUAUUUCAUUGUCAUGUGAUGUAACAAUGGCUUUAUAUCUGCUUCUUCUGGUAAACUGAGUUGGAUAUCUCAAACUAUCAAUAGGCAUCCAAUCUAAAAUCUAUUAAGCACA